AACUGCAUCCGCCGCCAAGACUCAGCGAGGCCGCUGUCACUGUCCCAGUCUCCACCGCCGUUGCGCCGCCGCCACCACCGCCACCAUGGCUCAGUACAAGGGCGCUGCCAGCGAGGCGGGCCGUGCAAUGCACCUGAUGAAGAAGCGGGAGAAGCAGCGUGAGCAGAUGGAGCAAAUGAAGCAAAGGAUUGCCGAGGAGAACAUAAUGAAAUCCAACAUUGACAAGAAGUUUUCUGCACACUACGAUGCUGUAGAGGCGGAGCUCAAGUCCAGCACCGUGGGUCUUGUGACGUUGAAUGACAUGAAGGCCAAGCAAGAGGCGCUGGUGAAGGAGAGGGAGAAGCAGCUGGCCAAAAAGGAGCAGUCAAAAGAGCUGCAGCUGAAGCUAGAAAAACUGCGAGAGAAGGAGCGCAAGAAAGAGGCCAAGCGGAAGAUCUCUAGCCUGUCCUUCACCUUGGAGGAAGAAGAGGAGGGAGGUGAAGAGGAGGAAGAGGUGGCCAUGUAUGAGGAAGAGCUGGAGAGGGAAGAGAUCACCACGAAGAAAAGGAAAUUGGGGAAGAAUCCAGAUGUGGAUACAAGCUUCUUACCUGAUCGAGACCGGGAGGAGGAGGAGAAUCGGCUCCGGGAAGAGCUGCGUCAGGAGUGGGAAGCCAAGCAGGAGAAGAUUAAAAGUGAAGAGAUUGAAAUCACCUUCAGUUACUGGGAUGGCUCUGGACACCGACGCACAGUCAAGAUGAAAAAGGGCAACACGAUGCAGCAGUUCCUGCAGAAGGCACUUGAGAUCCUGCGUAAGGACUUCAGUGAGCUCAGGUCAGCGGGGGUGGAACAGCUCAUGUACAUCAAGGAAGACUUAAUCAUCCCUCAUCAUCACAGCUUCUAUGACUUCAUUGUCACUAAGGCACGAGGGAAGAGUGGGCCACUGUUCAACUUCGAUGUUCAUGAUGAUGUACGGCUUCUCAGUGAUGCCACCGUGGAGAAGGAUGAGUCACAUGCAGGCAAAGUGGUGCUGAGGAGCUGGUAUGAAAAGAACAAGCACAUCUUCCCUGCCAGCCGCUGGGAGCCCUAUGACCCGGAGAAGAAGUGGGACAAGUACACGAUCCGGUGAGCAUCCAAGAGGUGACAUGGCCUUGGUUCUCCCCAGCGCACCCCAUGUCUCCAGUGGUCCAGGUGCCCACCUUCCCUGGGAUCGUGGUAUAGCAUGCUGGGAGGAUGGUAGCUGCUCAUCCCCUGGCCCUUGGCGUUCUCGUUAAUGCUUUUUCUUCCUUUUACAAUAAAAAAAAAAAAAGCACAUGCAGAGCUGGAGUGCCCACA